AUGGAUUUCGUCAAGAAGGCCGCCGAGGGCAUCAAGGGCAAUUCUGGUGAGAACAAGGCCCAGGGUCAGCCUGCACAGGGCGGAGAGCAGCAGGACUACGUCGACAAGGCUUUCGGCAUGGCGGCGGGCAAGAGUGGCCACAACAUCGAUCGCAACACCCAAGAGAAGAUCACUGAUGCCGGUCGAGGCGCGUACGAGAAGGCGACCGGGAGCAAGGUCAACCCCAAGAUCUCCAACUAG